GUUAUUGAGCUCUGUGAAAUAAAGAGCGGCGAAAAAGCAUGGAGAGACGGCAAUUUCCCAGUGGAGACCACAUUAACAUGAGCGGCCUUCUUGUGCUUAAAAACUGUUUCUGCUCGUAGAACCUUCUUGCUCGUUCAAUCUCUCUCUGUCUCUCUCUCUGAUCCUCAAUCCUCUAAUCCUACGCUAUUCCAAUUUUCAAUCCCUUCAAUCUCUUGCAUGAUUCAAAUCGUUUCGAAUUUUAGGUGAUUGGCCAACUGUUCGAAUCAAAUCAAGCAUACUUGGUCUUGGCGAAAAUUUUUCAAUUUUGUGAUCUGGGUUUCGAUCUGGUGGCGGUGGGGGCACAUCGAUUAGUGGGGCCGAGUUCCCUGUCGGGAUCGUACAGAGACUCCCCAAUUUUGAUCGGGUUUGUGGUCUGGAUUAGAGCUUGUUUGGGGGCACGAAAUUAGGGUUUGGAUAUCGAACGGAUUGGGUUUUGUGGGUUUGCAUUGAAGGAUGGAUUCUAGCAGGCGAGCUGUGGAAUCGUACUGGAGAUCGCGGAUGAUCGAUGCGGCCACCUCGGACGAAGACAAAGUUACGCCUGUUUACAAAUUAGAAGAGAUUUGCGAGCUUCUUCGGUCUUCGUCUGUUGGUAUUGUCAAGGAAAUGUGUGAAUUCAUAUUGAAACGGCUCGAUCACAAGAGCCCAAUUGUUAAACAGAAGGCUUUGAGGUUGAUAAAAUAUGCAGUGGGAAAAUCAGGAGUGGAGUUCAGGAGGGAAAUGCAAAGAAAUUCGGUUGCUGUGCGACAGUUACUUCACUACAAGGGGCUGUUGGAUGCGUUGAAGGGGGAUGCGUUAAAUAAAGCUGUGCGGGACACAGCUCAGGAGACCAUUUCUGCUAUUUUCUCCGUGGAGGACAGCAAGCCGGCACCUUCAGAAGAUCUUACUAGACGAAUACAAGGGUUUGGCAAUACAAACUUUGAGAUGCCAUUGGAUGAUAAGAAGUCAUUUCUUAGUGAGGUAGUUGGUAUUGGGAGUGCUUCUAUAAAGCAAGGACUCAGUAGUUUCACUCAAGCACAUUCAGUGAGGAAGAAUGACAAUGGGAGUUACAGGAGCCCAAAUCUUCGCAGGUCUUUGACUACAGAAAUUGACUACCAUGAUAGAUAUGAGAAGGUUGAACAUCCCAGUCAAAAUCAGGGUAGUUUUGGGAUAUCAAAGAAUGUAAGCAGUGGACCUUGGGUCCAGGAUUUGAGAAUAACCAAUACGGAGUUGACUGAUGGGGAUUCUGGAACAAGCCAUACAGAGAGUAAGACUCGUGAGGACAAAUUACUGGAGACAAUUGUAACAUCUGGCGGUGUCCGUCUACAACCCACUCGUGAUGCCAUCCAGGUUUUCCUUGUGGAGGCUGCUAAGUUGGACGCAUUGGCUUUAAGUCAUUCCCUUGAAUCAAGGCUGCAAUCACAGAUGUGGCAGGUCCGCAUGAAAGCUCUCUGCGUCCUGGAGUCAAUUUUGAGGAAGAAGGAAGAUGAACAUUUUCUGAUUGUAGCUUCAUAUUUUAGUGAAAAUAAAAAUGUUGUUGUAAAGUGUUCAGAGUCUCCGCAAGCUUCUUUACGGGAAAAAGCAAAUAAGGUCUUAAGCCUUCUAGGUGGAGAAGAAAGAGGCAGUGUAGUGAAUCAUGUAGAAAAGCCAGCAACUGUUGAAACAGCUACCGUAAUUCAGAUGCCUGACUUAAUAGACACAGGUGAUCCAGAUGACUAUCAUGAAAGAGAAGAUUCUACAGAAAAGCAGAUCGAUCAAAGUGGUUCAAACUUGCCAACACCAACCACUCCUCUAAUCGAUGAUAUAUUUGGAGAUAGUCUUGGCACUGGUGUAACCACCACUGUACAAAAAAUUGAUGAUGACCCCUUUGCAGAUGUCUCAUUUCAUACCAGUGAGAGUAGAGAGCCUGUGGAUGACCUUUUUUCAGGGAUGACUGUGGAUGACAAACCCAGUGCUAAUGCUAAUGAGAAUCAUCUGGCAGGAAAUAAAAAGGGACCAGAGCUAUUCGAUAUUUUUGGGUCCAAUCCUGAACAUCCACAGGAGCAAGAAAAGCAUAAGAAUCUUCAUUAUUUAAUGGAUGGUUUGUCCAUCAAUGAAAACGACUCAAAGAUGAAGCAGAAAGAGACCAGCUCUGGGACACUUUCUGAAACAAUCUUCCCAGAUUCUAGCAUUAAUCCUGGUCAUCAAGCAUCUAAUGAGGCUUUGAAUGGUCCACUCGCUUCUCAAAUGGCUGGGGUGAAUCCAAAUCUUGUGUUUCCUUUGGGUUCUACGCCAUAUAAUAUACCCCCAGGCAUUAUGUUCAAUCCAGCUUUUCCUUCUCAGCCAAUAAAUUAUGGUGCCAUGGGGAGUUUAUUUACUCAACCGCAGCUUCUAGCAACAAUGUCUAAUUUCCAACAAAUGGGACACUUAAGCUCUCAAGCUGCCAGUUUUGGUCAUGCUGGUGAAAUGAAAGGAGGAUAUUCUCCACCUCUUCCUGAUAUUUUCAAUCCAAACAUGCCAACUCAUACAGCCAAUCCAAUGAUGAGUAGUUCCAAGAAAGAAGAGACGAAAGCAUUUGAUUUUAUCUCGGAUCAUUUGGCAGCAGCUCGUGAUACAAAGAGGGUGAUUUAAAUCUUUGGGCCAUCCAGUCCGCCAUGAAUGAGCUCCUUGCUAUGAUGAUGGUUUAUUUAUUUCAGGCGAGCAGGUCGAAGCAUAUUUUUUGUUUUCUCUUAAUUGUCAAGGUGAAAAUUUUUUUGCAAUAAUUGAAUAUUUGCAGGAGUUAAACAUGCUUCGUGUGAAGUACAUUCUAGUAGAUAAAAUGGGAACAACCCAGAAGAACUAAAAAGAGAAAAGUGAAUGAGCUCAGUGGGACUACGCUGCCUUGUGGAUGGAUUAGAGUGCGAGAAUGUACUUAUGCAGUCCAUGUAGCUAGCUUUUGAAUUCUGUAAUGCAGACAGUGAUUUCUCCCCCAAAUUGUAAUGGAUUUAUAGAGUUUUGUCUCCCUUUUCUACUGUGCUACAGGUAUGUUUGGAAGAGAGAUUUUGGACACCAGUCAAAAACGAUUCGAGUUUUCAUUUUUC